AGUCCUCCAGCGUUCCCGGCAUUCCGUGUACUCGGGUUUGAGAGCAGUGAAAGGUCGCGUCUGCUGUUUAAUCUGUUCCAGCUCAGAUUUAAACGUAAACCGAAACUUAAUACAUCAGGUUUAGAGACGUUUGAAGUCUCCCGGCGCCGCUCGGAGGAUUUCAGCUGAAAACAGGGCAACAAACUACUGAAGAGCCUCCGGAGGGUCGACGGUACGGAGUGUUGGUCUCCUCCUCCAGCACCAGCCGAGUGGAAGAUAUUACCCGGGGAUUUAAGACCUCAUUAGCUGAACCACCGGUUUGUGAAGAUCGCUGCCAAGAAUGUCGUCGAAGAAGCAGAGUUCAAAUAACAUAGCGCAGGCGCGGAGAAUCGUACAGCAGCUACGGAUAGAGGCCAACAUUGAGAGGAUAAAGGUUUCUAAAGCCUCUGCGGACCUCAUGCAUUACUGUGGCGAGCAUGCUAAAUACGAUCCACUCCUGAUGGGGAUUCCAGCCUCAGAAAACCCGUUUAAGGACAAGAAGCCCUGCACUAUAUUGUAGUGGGACGCCCCCAGACAUGAGCUCCUUAAUGCCUCCUUUUUUAUAGAGAGAAUAUUUUACCUUAAAGCAUUCAUACACUAGUCGCCUUAAAAAAAAAAAAGUCAGCUAACCCCCAUCUUCA